AUGUCUUCUGCAUCAUCUGUGUCUAGCAUUGANAAAGAAGUCACUCUCUUCUCGACUGUCGAGUUGACUUCUGAAUCUGUUCAAUCAUGCAACAACUCCGAUAUUGAACAAGCAAACCAGACCACGGAUGACAUUCCCAAUGGUGGCCUGGUAGCUUGGUUGCAAGUCUUGGGUGCAUUUUUCCUUUGGUUCAAUACUUGGGGUCUUGUCAAUGCCUUUGGAUCCUUCGGUACUUACUAUGCACUUGGCCCUUUGCGAGAGUAUCCAUCAUCGACUAUUGCAUGGAUUGGCUCUAUUCAGGCUUACCUCAUGCUGCUUGCCGGUGCUCUCACCGGACCUCUGUUCGAUGCAGGCUAUUUCCGAAUGCUUCUUAUUACUGGCUCGUCGCUGAUUGUACUUGGGAUGGCAACGACUAGUGUCUCCACUAAGCUCUGGCAGAUUAUGCUUUCUCAAGCCUUUGCUGUUGGUUUGGGUCAAGGAUGUCUUUUCUCUCCAUCGCUUGCCAUUCUUUCCACGUACUUCUCAGAGAAGAAGUUCUUCGUUGCUAUGGGCUUGGCUGCUGCGGGCAGUGGUCUUGGCGGCACCAUUUACCCUAUCGUUUUCCACACGCUGCAGCCAAAGAUUGGUUUUGCAGCUGCCACUCGUGUGAUCGCAUACAUCGUCUUGGGCACUCUUCUGGUAUCGAACCUUGUGCUCCGGGUACGCUCUUUGCCUUCCCAACGACGCAAGGUGUUCGACAUGGAUGCCUGGAAAGAGCCCGCAUUCACUGUUUACGUGAUUGGCUCCAUGAUCGCCUUCCUUGGAACCUGGACGCCAUUUGUAUACAUCGAGGUGUAUGCCUUGCGUUACGGCAUUACAUCCAAGGAACUCGCCUUCUACCUUCUUCCCAUCAUCACUGCUGGUUCUAUCUUCGGCAGAGUGGGACCUAACCUUGUCGCUGCCAGAAUCGGUCUGUUCAACGUCGUCAUCCCAUGCGUUCUUACCACUGGAGCUCUUGCUUUCUGCUUCAUCCCUGCAAAGACCCAAUCUUCGUUGAUUGCCGUGUCCUGUCUGUAUGGCUUCUUCUCUGGCUCCAUUGUUUCCAUCAUUCCUGCUCUAGGCGUCUCGAUCUCGCCGAGCAGAGCAGUCAUUGGAACGCGUAUUGGUAUGGCUUGUGCGACGAUUGGUCUUGGUAUGCUUGCUGGUACCCCGAUCUCUGGCGCCAUUCUGAGCAAACACGGAUUCACAGCUACUUGGGCUUUUUCANNAGGCGCAGCUGCUAUUAAAGAAGAUAUGAGCGGCGUCGAGUCGUCGAGACUAAUGCCAUACCGCGCACCGUCAGAAGCCGACCGCAAGGUCAAGACGGCUGUGACGGCUCGCGAUACCCCACUAAGUACCCCGUGA